GCUCAUCAUGGCCCACAAGAGCAUUGUGGAUCAGUUCAAUCAGAAGUUCUGUGCAGCCAUUGGAGGUCUGAAGGUGGGGCUUCCUUUUGGGAAGAACAACGUCACGCCACUGGCCUGCACUGCCACUGACUUCAUGAAGCAGCUGACCGAGGAUGCCGUGGCCAAAGGAGCACGGGUGCUCAACGCUGGUGCGGGCGGCGCUCACUGUGAUCGGACACUCUUCGCACCUACGGUGGUUUACCCCGUUAACGCGGAGAUGCAAGUGUGGACAGCGGAGCAGUUUGGCCCUGUGAUCCCCAUUGCAUCCUAUGAGAACAUCAACGAGCCCAUCGAGUGGCUGCGGAA